AUGGCUUCCUCUUCUUCUUCUUCAUCCGCCCGCCCCUGCAAGUACGAUGUCUUCCUCAGUUUCAGAGGAGAAGACACCCGCAAAAUCUUCGUCGGCCAUCUCUACAGAGCCCUGCAACAGAAAACGAUCAACGCCUUCAUCGAUUCUGAAGAGCUCAGCAAAGGCAACAACAUUUCGGAACUACUCACAGCUAUUGAGGACUCGAAGAUUUCGAUUGUAGUUUUAUCUCAAAACUAUGCCUCUUCCACUUGGUGCUUAAAAGAGCUCGUCAAAAUCAUGGAUUGCAUGGAUACAAAGAAGCAGGUAGUGCUGCCCAUCUUCUACGAAGUUGAUCCCUCUGAUGUACGGAAAAUCAAGGGAAAAUUUGCAAAAUCUUUUGCCAAACAUGGAAAGAAUUCUGACCUCGAUGAGGAAGAGUUGAAGAGGUGGAGGUCCGCUCUAACAAGAGUAGCUGAUCUUUCAGGCUGGGAUUCGAGAAAAUAUGAGGAUGAUGGCAAGCUUAUUGAGGAAAUUGUUGAGAGUGCUCUUAAAGAACUGAUCCACACAUCAUACAGUAAAGCCAAUGGCUUGGUUGGAAUGGAUUCCCACAUUAGAAAAAUGAAUUCAAGAUUAUCUCUUGAGGUGAAUGAUGUUCGUGUUGUUGGAAUAUGGGGUAUGGGUGGUUUAGGGAAAACAACAAUUGCUAGAGCUGUUUAUGACGAAAUUGCUUGGCAGUUCGAAUACUCUUGCUUUCUUAACAACGUCAAGGAAGCCUUUAUAAACAAGCGUGAAGUACAAAUGCAGGAAGAAUUUCUGUUUAAAUUGUUGAAGGAAAAGGUGCAGAGUAUAGAUUUGAGCAGGGGGAGGAAUAUGAUAAUGAAAAGGCUAGGUACGAAAAAAGUCUUGGUUGUUCUUGAUGAUGUGGAAACUUUUGCUCAAAUUGAGGCCUUGCUUGGUGAAUUACAUGCAUUUGGCGAAGGAAGUCGAAUCAUUGUAACCACAAGAAAUAAGCAAUCACUAAGUGGAGUUAAUCAGACAUAUGAGCCGAGGUGUUUAAGUGGUGAUGAAGCUCUUGGUCUGUUUAUGAAAUAUGCUUUCAGAACAAAUCAACCCAGUAGAGAGUACGAUCAUCUGUCAAGGUGCGCCACAGCAUAUGCUCAUGGUUUGCCUCUAGCACUUAAAGUCUUGGGGUCUUUUCUUGAUAACAAAAGUAUAUGUGAAUGGGAAGCCGUGUUAGAGAAACUGAAGAAUACUGGGAAAAAGAUUAUGUAA